CCCUGCCCCCUGAAGAGCACAGGCAGGGGGUGGGUGUGUAUGGGGUGGGUUUCCCCCAACUAUUUAAGCAGAUUCCAGCAGAUGGUCCAGAAACUUUCCUCCUGGACUCGCGCUGCUCUCUCUCCCAACUCCCUGUCUCCUUCACUUCAGACCUUCAGAGGGCCAAACUAAAAUCUCGGAGGUUUUUCCCGUCCCCCAAACCUCGUCUCUGUCGUCUCAACUCCCCAAACACCAGACUUUUUGGACCCAGAAACUAUUUGUCUCUCCCAGCCUUCCUCCAGCGUGGGAUCAGACAUCCAGCUCUUUCACUCUGCGAGGACGGUGGAGCGAACCAUGCCCUCCGACUUUCUAACACCUUUCCUGGAACUGGAUGAGGAGUUCUGCAAGAAUUUCCGCGGCCUGGAGGCGACAGAUGGCUCGUCUGUGGGCUCGCAGCACCAACGGCAGCAGCACAGUCAAAGAGUCCUGGGCUUUCAGCGUCGCCAUUCUCUCUGCCCCGUGACCCUCCCCAACUCCAAGUUCAACAGCAGCAGCAGCAGCAGCAGCUCUGAGGUGACUGAGUCAGCCUGCUGGGGGCUCAACAUGGCCUCCAACCAGCAGUGGAGCAGGGAGGGUCAGCUUCCCCGUUCCUCGCUCAGCCACAUCCCCUUCAGAGUCGACCGCUCAGUCAGCAUGAUAGAAGGCAACGGCAGCAGCCUGGGAGGCAGAGAGGACAAAAUGGCUAACAUGUCCCCAACAGUGCUGCUCCCUCCACCAGGCCUCUGCCUCAGCAACACUUCUAUCUCCUCCGCUGCUUCUCCCUCUGCUUCCAGACCUCCAGCCCCCUCCCCUCACAUCUCCACACGAUACAAGACCGAACUCUGCCGCACCUACGAGGAAAGUGGGACCUGCAAGUACGGCGCCAAGUGUCAGUUUGCCCACGGCCUGGACGAGCUGAGAGGCCUCAGCAGGCACCCCAAGUACAAGACGGAGCCGUGUCGCACUUUCCACACGAUAGGCUUCUGCCCGUACGGCGCCCGCUGCCACUUCAUCCACAACGCUGACGAGAUCCACGGAGGCAACGCCGCUGCACCCCCGCAGAAGCAGAAGCUGAGGCCUCCUCUGCUGCGUCACAGCCUCAGCUUUGCAGGUUUCUCCUCGCCACAAACUUUCCAACCAGUUGAGGAGUCACAGCCUUCCUCCCUCCUCUUCACCAGAGCCUCCUCCGUCUCCCCUCCUCCAUCCUCCACAGGGAGCCCAGAGCUCCUCUCCCCUCUCUUUCCUGAGCCGGGAGCACUGAAGCAUUGCCCCUACCCUUUCUCUGGCAUCCCCGACCUGGCAGGCGACAGCGGCGACUCAGCUCUGCGCUUCUAUGCUGCGACCGACUCCAUCAGCACCAGGUGUCCCGCCUCAAAUUUCACCUCCAAAAACCCAAACCUCCCGUACCACCUCCCCCAGCAGCUGCCAGUCUCCCUGAGCAGCCUCCCCAGCCUUCAGCGCUGCUCCUCAGCCGACUCCCUCUCUGAAGAAGGCUACACCUCCUCCUGCUCCCUCAGCUCUUCCUCCAGCGGCACAGAGUCACCAAGCUUCGAGGGCCGACGUCUGCCCAUAUUUAGCCGCCUGUCUGUUUCAGACGAGUAGGGAAGGGUUUUACUGUCGGGCUGAAUUUAAUCAGGAAUUGUUGGUCUGACUGUUUUAACUCUGUGUGACCAGGGUCACAAAAGAUUAAAACAUCAGGUUUUCAGUUCCUCCCUAAAUGCAGCCAGGUAAACGUACCUAACUUUGUGCAUAUUGCAUUUCUCAUCCAAGCAGUUGUAGCGCUGCUCAGUGUUCGUCCAGUUUUAGCUGACUCCUCUCUUUGUUUUUGUUUUAUUGUUAUUUUUGUAAGGUUGCCGUUGUUACUGCUGUAUACUGUUGUAUACCCAUUUUUAGAGAAUACUUGGAGGGUACUUCGCUUAGCUCAGCAUCCGUCCUCAUGCUGUUCCUGCUCAGUGGGAAAUUCUGUGUGAGAAUUUCCUGUACCCUGAUUUAAGAUUAGUGCUGUUUGUCCUACGUAUGACUGGUGUGCUAUCCUUUUUUAUAAAAUAGCAAAGUUAUUUGUUACAGAUCUUCUUCUCUUGUUUUACACCUUACAAACCGUUUCAGUGAUGCAGCACUUCUCCAGUCAUGCUCAGAGCUCUCCCAGCUGUUUGAAAACGACCUCUUGUCCGCGAGUGAGCAGGGUUAAAUAACUGUAUGAUGUCACUGAUUGAUUAAUUGAUUGGUUGUAUGGCUGUGGCCACUUGAGUGUAAUUGUCAGCCAUCUUAACUGCCUGGCAAGGAUUCAGCUAAGUGUAGGCAACCCACUGACUCUCUAGUUACCAAAGUCAAAGUUAGAGUUCCCCUAACCUGCUAGUACUGUUAACACCUAGCCUAGCCUUUAGCCAUGACAGUUAACAUACAGUGUUAUGAUUAUUGUUAUUAUUUCUUAACACUUUCUUAGACUUAUUUAUUGCUUCUUGUAUGAUUUCUGUCAGAGUUUGCUUUGUGAUUGUGUUUAUACAUUUUUUUUACGAUGCCGGAGAAAUUACGCUUUACUUAUGCAUUCAUGUUGUCCGUCUGCUUGGUUUACGCUAUGCAGAAGCUUUAAGAAGGCUCGUGGAGAGGAGAGGAAAGGAGGAAGAAAGACAUUUUGGCAUUCUACAUGUAUGUUGCCUUAUUGGCUAAUAGGCCUGGCAGAAAUCAAGACUCACUGAGUUUUCACAUCACGAGCAGCUCAGUAGGUUAGUGAGCGAUCUAUCAGUGAAGCUGCAUCUGGGAGACAUUCUCAUUGGGCAGCGUGAGCAGUUGUUUGUGCUGUUGGUGUGAGCACACAGUGGGUCUACUCUCCUCUCCAUUAGGCCUCACACCUCUGACUGUAAUAACCUUUUUUUCCAGUUGUUGACUGCUGUUAUGGAAAUACAAAGCAAAACUGUGGUGGAGGACGGCUUCACCACACAUUCAGUGAAUACAUUAUGACCAUCAGUUUAGGAGCUACACAACCAGAAAAGAAUGUUCAUUUGACUAAUCUGUGAGUGUCUAUCAGGACUGCUGUGUUGUUGGAAAAAACCCUGUGUGCUCUCUCCUCCUCCUGUGAUGUAAACACACAGGUGAAAAGGUGACCUUUGUUUGUAGUUGAUUUUUAUCUAUCAGAGUUGCCUUGAUGACAAUGUGUUUGUAGGUCGACCUCUGUUGCACGCUAGCUAGCUAACUGUCUGAGUGGCAGGUGAAAUCAAGCGAGUUCAAAUGAAAUCAAGCAAAAUGUUUAUUUUGUUCUUGUCAUGAAAUCGACUCAACUUGCCCUGACGAGUCCAGAGAUGCUUGUUGCUGUUGUAGCUUAUCGUUAGCUUGACUUGACAGCAAGCCGUUUUUUGUAACUUUUGUUAACUUAAAGUCUUAUUUAUUUUGUUUUUCAAAGCAAAACCUAUAUUGUGUUGUUUGAUAUUGUGUGUUUUGUUUCACAUAAUUUAAGUGCAUUUAUUGUUUACAUUCCAUGGGUUAUGUUGAUAUCCUAGCUCUUUAUCUUAAUAUAUUUGUCCAUCUUUAUUUCAAAAUAAAAGUCUUUGAAAACUUA